AUGGAGAACGAACGCGGCGAGCUCGUCGACCUCUACGUCCCCCGCAAGUGCAGCGCCACGAACCGCAUCAUCAAGGCGAAAGACCACGCCUCCGUGCAGAUCAGCGUCGGCAAGGUGGACGAGAACGGGCGGUACACGGGCGACAACCAGACGUACGCGCUGUGCGGCUUCGUGCGGGCCAUGGGCGAGAGCGACGACUCGCUCAACAGGCUGGCGCAGCGGGAUGGGUUCUUGAAGGGGGUGUGGAGCGCGAGCCGUUAA